UACAACAACACAUGCGCCCAUAUAAAAAGUCAGUAGGGGGCAGUAGAGUAUGUUUAAUGUUUGAAACCGCCCAAAAACACCGUAGAAGAAGAAGAAGGACGCGAUCUUCCACUUAACGUAACGUUACGAAACCCACCUUCGGUAAUCAAUAUUUCCAUUGCACUACGGCGAAUGGGGUUUAAUAAGUUUUGUAGUGUGGACAGUUCCGAUCCGUUCUGGGAUUGGAACCGUACCUGGAACACCUCAAGCCCAGACUUCACCCAGUGUUUUCAGAACACUGUGCUUGUGUGGCUACCAUGCCUCUACCUCUGGAUAUGUGGCCCAGUCUACCUCAUGUUCCUCCGCAGCCACAACCGGGGUUACAUAUGCAUGAGCCUCCUCAACAAAGCUAAAACUGCUGUUGGCCUUCUGCUGUGGAUAGUCUGCUGGUCAGAUGUUUUUUAUUCUUUCUGGGAAAGAAAUCAUGGCAGCAGUGUGCUUGCACCAGUCCUGCUGAUCAGCCCAACCCUGCUGGGCCUCACCAUGCUGCUUGCCACUUUAAUAAUCCAGUACGAACGCAUGAAAGGGGUUCAGUCAUCUGGAGUGAUGUUGCUGUUCUGGCUGCUGGCGCUGCUGUGUGCUGCCGUCACCUUCAGAUCCAAGAUUCUGCAGGCCCUGGAACAGCCAUCGACAGUGUCUGUGUGGAGGUACACCACCUUCUAUAUCUACUUCACUCUGCUGUUGGUUGCACUAUUCUUAUCCUGCCUGCCAGACCAGGCAGCUCUCUUUUCCCAGGCGGUUAAAGACCCGAACCCCUGCCCUGAACUUGGAGCUUCUUUUCUCUCCAAAAUAACCUUCUGGUGGAUCUCCAGGAUGUUGUUGAUAGGCUACAAGCGCCCCUUGGAGGAGAAGGACCUUUGGUCUCUGAACAGUGAUGAUCGCUCUCAUAAAGUAGUUCCACAUCUGGUGCAAUCUUGGAACAAACAGUGUCAGAAGGUGAAACGGACACAUGAGAAAACUUUGUACUCCCCCCGACAAGUUCCUAACAGUGACACCAAAGAGGGUCGAACUGUUGAAGAAUCAGAAAUCUUGCUUGUGAAGUCACCUCAGAAAACCAAAGAAGCGUCUUUGUUGUGGGCGCUGUGUCUGACAUUCGGGCCAUACUUCCUCAUUUCCUGUCUCUAUAAGUUCAUCCAGGACAUCCUCAUGUUCGUUGGGCCUGAGAUCCUCAGGCUGCUGAUCAGCUUUGUCAACGACUCCAGCGCCCCCUCCUGGCAGGGCUUCUUCUACACUGCUCUGCUCUUCGUGUCCACCUGCGUACAGUCGGUCAUUCUGCAGAAGUACUUUCACGUCUGCUUCGUCACAGGCAUGCGUCUGCGCACUGCCAUCAUCGGAGCUGUCUACAGGAAGGCCUUGGUUAUAAGCAACGCAGCACGCCGCACCUCUACUGUGGGAGAGAUUGUGAACCUGAUGUCUGUGGACGCUCAGCGCUUCAUGGACCUCAUCACCUAUAUCAACAUGAUAUGGUCUGCCCCUCUCCAAGUGGUGCUGGCCCUCUACUUUCUAUGGCAGAAUCUGGGUCCGUCUGUGCUGGCUGGAGUGGCUGUCAUGGUUCUGUUGGUUCCUGUUAAUGCUGUCAUUGCCAUGAAAACUAAAACCUACCAGGUGGCUCAGAUGAAGAGUAAGGACAGUCGCAUUAAGCUGAUGAACGAGAUGCUGAACGGCAUCAAAGUCCUAAAGCUGUACGCCUGGGAGCUGGCCUUCAAGGACAAGGUGGCAGGAAUCCGUGAGAGUGAGCUGCUGGUCUUGAAGAGGGCUGCCUAUCUGGGUGCGGUAUCUACCUUCACCUGGGUCUGUGCGCCUUUUCUGGUCGCCUUGUCCACUUUCGCUGUGUACGUAUUGAUUGACGAACAUAAUGUGCUUGAUGCACAGAAGGCAUUUGUGUCCCUGGCCCUGUUCAACAUCCUGCGUUUCCCCCUCAAUAUGUUGCCAAUGGUCAUCAGUAGCAUGGUUCAGGCCAGUGUGUCUUUGAAGCGGCUAAGAGUGUUUCUGUCCCACGAGGAGCUUCAGGAGGACAGCGUGGAGCACAAAUCAGUAGCAGGCUCGCCAUACAGUAUCUCCAUAGUGGAUGGAGCUUUUGGCUGGUCCAGAACUGAAUCUCCAACACUCCAGAGACUGAAUGUGUGCAUCCCAGAAGGCUCCCUGGUGGCUGUAGUGGGACAUGUGGGUUCAGGAAAGUCCUCGCUGCUGUCGGCCCUACUUGGAGAGAUGGACAAGUUGGAAGGGACUGUGACUGUGAAGGGUUCCGUGGCCUACGUUCCUCAGCAGGCCUGGAUUCAGAAUUCCACUCUGAAAGGCAACAUCAUAUUUGGUCAGGAGAGAAAAGAGACCUGGUAUCAGCGUGUGGUGGAAGCAUGUGCCCUUCAGCCUGACCUGGAGAUCCUUCCUGCUGGAGAUGAGACUGAAAUUGGAGAGAAGGGAGUGAAUCUGUCUGGGGGUCAGAAGCAGAGGGUCAGCCUGGCCAGAGCUGUUUACUGUGACCGCGCGGUUUACCUGCUGGAUGACCCUCUGUCCGCCGUGGAUGCUCAUGUAGGAAAACACAUCUUUGAUCAUGUCAUCGGUCCACAGGGAUUGCUCAAGGACAAGACGCGUGUGCUCGUGACCCAUGGACUGAGCUACCUUCCCCAGGCUGACCUGAUCUUGGUAAUGGUGGAGGGAGAGAUUACAGAGAUGGGCUCCUACCAGCAACUCAUGGCCACAGAGGGAGCCUUCUCUGAGUUCCUGCGAACAUAUGCCACGGUCGACAACGCCCAGAAUGAUGAUUCUCCAGGAACAAAAGGACUGGAGAACGGCAGCGCUACUCCUCUAACUGACAAUAUUUCAGGCAUCAACAGUGUGACCAAAAAAUCUCAGGUAGACAAGGAGCAGAACAAGAAGGCCAAAGACCCUAAUGUGGGCAAACUGACCGAGGCGGACAAGGCCAGCACAGGAAAGGUCAAGCUGUCUGUGUUCUGGGCCUAUCUGAAGGCGAUCGGAGUGAUUCUGUCCUGCAUCAGUCUGCUGCUGUUCUUCACUCAUCACGGACUCUCCCUGUUUUCCAACUACUGGCUGAGCCUUUGGACUGACGACCCUGUGGUUAAUGGCACUCAACCCAGCAGAAACAUGAGACUAGGAGUGUACGGUGCCCUUGGCCUUUCACAGGGUGUGGCUGUCUUUGGCUUCUCUCUCUCCAUGUCGAUUGGGGGCAUCCUGGCAUCCCGCUACCUCCACCAGUCCAUGCUCUAUGAUGUCCUGCGCUCGCCAAUGUCCUUCUUUGAACGAACCCCAAGUGGAAAUUUGGUCAACCGCUUCUCUAAGGAGAUCGACACAAUUGACACAGUCAUCCCUCAGAUCUUUAAGAUGUUUUUGGGCUCUAUGUUCAAUGUGUUAGGUGCUUGUGUUGUCAUCCUGAUUGCUACACCUAUGGUAGCUGUUGUCAUUCCUUUCCUUGGCCUGCUCUACUUCUUUGUGCAGAGGUUUUAUGUGGCAUCGUCUCGCCAGCUGAAACGCCUGGAGUCGGUUAGCCGGUCACCAAUCUACACCCACUUCAAUGAAACCCUGCUGGGCACCUCUGUCAUCCGAGCCUUUGGUGAACAGGAGCGCUUCAUCAAUGAGAGCGACUAUCGUGUGGACCAUAAUCAGAAGGCUUACUACCCCAGCAUUGUAGCAAACAGGUGGCUAGCAAUUCGCCUGGAGUUUGUAGGAAACUGCAUAGUGUCAUUUGCUGCUUUGUUUGCCGUCAUCGCCAGAGAGAACCUAAGCCCAGGCAUAAUGGGCCUGUCAAUCUCCUACGCCCUGCAGUUGACCACCUCUUUGACCUGGCUGGUGAGGAUGUCCUCGGACAUGGAGACCAACAUUGUGGCUGUCGAGAAAGUGAAAGAGUACAGUGAUACAGAGAAGGAGGCAGAGUGGAAACACGAGUCCUCCAGCCUCCCUUCAGGAUGGCCCACUGAAGGAUGCAUAGAACUCAAAGGUUUUGGUCUGCGGUACCGCCAGGAUCUGGACCUUGCCAUUCGCAACAUUAACAUCAGUAUUAGUGGCGGGGAGAAGGUGGGGAUUGUUGGACGCACUGGAGCAGGGAAGUCAUCGCUAACACUUGGAUUGUUCCGAAUCAUUGAGCGAGCUGAAGGCCACAUCUUCAUUGAUGGUGUGGACAUUGCCCAGUUGGGCCUUCAUGAACUUCGCUCCAGAAUCACCAUCAUUCCACAGGACCCAGUGGUGUUCUCGGGCUCGCUGAGGAUGAACCUGGAUCCUUUUGACAGCUAUUCUGAUGAGGAGGUGUGGAGGGCUCUGGAGUUUUCACAUCUUAAGAACUUCAUAUCAAACCUUCCUGACAAACUCAACUACGAGUGCAGUGAAGGAGGAGAGAACCUCAGUGUUGGCCAGCGACAGCUGCUUUGUUUAGCUAGAGCUCUGCUGAGGAAGACCAAGAUCCUGGUUCUGGACGAGGCUACGGCAGCUGUGGACAUGGAGACAGACAACCUCAUACAGUCCACCAUCCGCUCCCAGUUUGAGGAUUGCACCGUCCUGACAAUAGCUCAUCGCCUUAACACCAUCAUGGACUACACCAGGGUCCUGGUCUUGGAAAAGGGAGAAAUAGCAGAAUUUGACUCCCCCAGUAAUCUCGUCGACCAAAGAGGAGCCUUUUACAAGAUGGCCAAAGAUGCUGGGCUGGUCUGAAGUGAGGCGCUUCCCUUCCUUUGACUACAAGACCCUGAGGGUUCAGAGCUGCAGGUGGUGAGAGAAAAAAAGUACGCUUUUUACAAAUUUGAGUGUAUGUAUAUUUACACUCUCACUGAGGACAAAAACGACCAAUGUAUGUUCGUCAUUGCCAAAUACUGCAUUUGAAUAGAACAGUCAUUCUUAAGUGCAUUAAAACAAGAGCAAUGCUCUAUGAAGAAUGUUAUGAGGCAUUGCAUCUGGACCGUUUGAUUGUUGAUUGUGUCCAGACAGGACCGCAUAGAGUUAUGUGGGUAUUCACUCAGCUGUAGUCACUUCAUUGUGUUGGUUUUUCUUCGCACAUAAAACUCAAAAUAUUCUGCAGUUGUACACUGAGAGCUGAGUGAAUCUGCAGCCUGUAUGCCAUGAAAACAUCCAAAAAGACAUAAAGCAUCACCAUCCACUCUGUAGGUCAGAGUAAGCUUCAUGUGGCUGGGACACAGCUCAUAUUUGACUUGUCUAGCUACCAACUCUAAAGUAUGGUACAUUUAUUUAUCUGUUUAUCUGUGUUAGAUUGAGUUCUGUUGAGAGUCCAGCAUCAUCAGGAUGAUUGAUUGGUCAAAAGCCUAUUUGCUGGUGAUGCCAUCAUCACUCUGUGACUUGUACCACUGCACAGCAACGCUUACAAACCACUGCAAUUCACAAACGGUGUGAGUCUGGAGGGUUGGCUGCACCUGCAGCACAUGUUGUAUUUAUCAUGUGUUUGUGUACAGCAGCAGCAUUUAAUUGUUGCAAUUGUCAGGGCCUCUUCUUGAAUAAUUAGUCUCUGGAGCUGAAUGGUUUUCAAUAAGUAAGUUAAAAAAACUAAACAUACCAGCAACCAGGUAUAUACAGAUUGUAACAUCAGGAAGUGAAUUUCUUUAAGGCUAUGAAAAUACUGAGUUAAGUAAUUCAUUGAUAAAUUAAGUGCAGCCAUUAUAUAAUUUGUUUUCUCAGGAACAGUGAUUUAACAGUGACUGCGUGAAAUAUUGUCUUAGUAGUGCACAAUAUCCAGAUAUACAUUUAAAAAUCUUUAGCGCACACAUCUUGUUUCACUAACUGAUUGCAGUUUUAUUUCAAUUCUUCAUAAUUGUCCAAUUAGCUAGAUGUUACAGUACUAGUUUACCAAAAUUGCUUAAGAGUCUCACUUGACUUGUUAAAGCAGUUUUUCAUAUUGAUCUGAGGCCGUUUUAUGUUUUUGAGUUGUUAUAUUUGUGUUGGCAGGUUUCUGUUACUUCUAUUGAACAAGCAUUGAUUUAGCACUUCAACGUGACAUGUGGAAUGGAAAAAUAUUUAUGCAAUACUAAAGAACUAAUAGAAAACAAGUUGUUUAUGUGAAAAUACAGUACUGUUCAUACAUUGUUAGUUUUGUAGGUGGUUAAUGUGCAGAUGCUGUGUGGGAUAGGGGUUACUCCUUUGUGAUGUUGAGGUUUUACAGAAGAUACUGGUUAAAUGUGGGCAAAAAAUGGAAGGAAAAGACACAAUUUGAUAAGAAGUUAGUAAUAGGAACAGCAUAAAGUCCUGUGAUUCAGUCAUGUGACUCUAAUCAUUCUAGGAAUUUCCAGUGUGCACAUAUUGUGACUUGCUCUGUGCAGGUUCAUUGCCCAAAUUUGAAUUUGUUACAAGUUAUAAAUGUGGCUCCACAUUUUUAGCAUCUCUUUACAUUCAUUUGGGGCCAAAAAAAGGUUUGGCUCUCUGCGAAAGCUCCUAGUACCUCAUAUAUUAUUAUUUUGUCUUGGUUGUUGUAGUUUUGGUGAGAAUUUUACAGAAAAGCUUUAUUGUCUUUCAGCUAUAUAUAUAUAUAUAUAUAUAUAUAUAUAUAUAUAUAUAUAUAUAUAUAUAUAGCCUGUGGAGAUUGAUUUAAGCCUGUUUGUGUUACAUGAGUCAAAUUACAAGGUAAAUAUUUAAUAUUUUAUGAAAGUAUUUCUUGGUUUGUAUUAUUGAAUUUGAAAUAAAAACAGUCAAUCCUCA